AUGAUAACUUCAGGCAACAAAUCUCCGCCCCCGUCUGCUGAUGGCGGCCUCAAUGCCGACGAUAAGCCGCGCCUGACGGAGGAAGAGAAAAAGCAGAACCACAUCGCGUCUGAACAAAAACGAAGACAGGCCAUCAGGGAAGGCUUUGAUCGCCUGACAGAGUUGGUCCCCGGCCUCGAGGGUCAAGGGCGCUCAGAGGGCCUGGUCCUGAAGCGGACUGUAGAAUACAUGAGAGACAAGAUCGAAGAGAGACGGGAGAUGGUGGACCGCAUUGAGCAGGCCGGCGGCGAGGUGGAUGAGAAGCUGAAAAGGUAA